GACACGAACGCACUAAACGCAAUUGGAGUGAAUGGGAAAAUACACCGUCAAUGGGUAGAUUGCCGGUAUAUCGCGUUCUUGUACCUCAGUGAUACACAUAUGCCGGUUUUCUCUUCGCCAUCCAGAACCUUGGUUUGGUGACUCACUCUUCGUUCGUUCAUUUUCUGGAUUUCGUUGCCUGCCCGGUGAGGAGUAACCUACAUAAUGAAGUUCAAGCCGAACCAGACCAGAAUUUAUGAUGGCGAGGGCUUCAAGAAACGAGCGGCAUGCUUGUGCUUCAAGAACGACCGUGAAGAAGAGGUGUUGCUGGUGAGCAGCAGUCGGCACCCGGACCAGUGGAUCGUCCCAGGUGGAGGGAUGGAGCCGGAGGAGGAGCCCUGUGGCGCAGCGGUCAGAGAGGUGUUUGAAGAGGCAGGAGUGAAAGGCAAGUUGGGACGUCUCCUAGGUGUGUUUGAGCAGAAUCAAGACCGAAAGCACCGAACGUACGUUUACGUAUUGACCGUGACGGAGACAUUGGAAGCAUGGGAAGACUCGGUCAACAUAGGUCGUAAACGGGAGUGGUUCACAGUGGACGAAGCCAUCAAAGUCCUGCAGCACCACAAGCCGGACCACGCUGAGUACUUGAAGCGGCUUCAUCUCAGCUGCUCUCCAACUAAUGGGAACUCCCUGCUCCCCAGCCAGCCCCCUAAUGACAACUUCCCCCGUUACGGCCCCCUCACCACAGGAUCUGUUCUGGGCCCCUCGCGCAGAUAGGACUGGGCCCUUCCCACGCCUAUGAACUAUCUUCUACCUGUACAUAUACACUGAAAACUGACAUUUUGCAUGAAUAUACGAAUCCUCAGAGUCGCGGCUCACGCCACAUGUAUGUAAAUUACUGUAUACUUGGACAAACCAAAGCCAUACUUGGAACUGUGUCUGGAUGAUUCAGUUAAGGAAUGCCUUUCAGUAACUUCUUUAAGAAUGUUCUAUUGGGGUCAAUUGUAUUAUUAUUUUCAUCCAUAAUUAAGUAAAUCACACAACAUGGCUGCCACAGAAAAGGGGUCAUUGGCUGACAAUAGGAUGGAAAAUGGCAGUGUCAUUGGACCUCGGGAGCUGGCGCAGUAUUGACAACAAAGAGAUGCUACCUCAGUUGGACGAGCACUGGAAGGAUGUCUUAGCACGGUGUCAGAUUCCCUUUGGCUGGUGUUUAACCUGUACAAACAAACUACAGCUCAAAAAUAUGACUGUUUACCUACUUCAAGUAGUACCAUAAUGUGUGGACAGAAGACAAGGGCUCACUAUUGUCCCUCCCCUUCACCUCAGUAAUUGGUGCCCUUCUUCAAGUUCAGUUGUAAAAACAACACAUUUUGAAUUUCUUAUAUGGAGAAUUUCACAUUUAAUUGCCUUUAAUUGUGUUGCCU